AUGUCAAAGAUGCUACCUUAUACUGAGGACGUCAAUGUUCUUAGAGGAUUCACUGACAUUGAGAGAAUCGGUGAAGGAGGUUUUGGAAAGGUGUAUAGAAACCUCGCGCGCAAGGAGGUUAAUUGGGAGACGAUGCCGUCUCAUUUUCAUAAGAUGCUUCAGAACGAGGCUCGUAUGUUGGCUGAGAUUCGGCACCCGAACAUCGUUGCAUAUCAUGGAGCUGUCAAUGAUAUUCGGAACACGACAUUGCAUCUCAUUAUGGAGUAUUGUCCGCUCGGAGACCUAAAACAUUACAUCAAUGUGUUUGCCAAUCGAGGCAAGAUGAUUCCGGAGGCGAAAAUAUGGGAAAUCCUUGAGCAGCUCACCAUGGCGCUUUUCCGGUGCCAUAACGGUUACAAUCAUCAUCGUGAUUUAGCGGGCAAGCAUGGGAGUGCCCUUUAUAGCGACAGUCCUCGUUUUUUCCAUCGUGACCUAAAGCCUGAAAACAUCUUCAUUUACGACUCUGUCUGCAGCACCGUUAAGCUCGGUGAUUUUGGCGUCUGUGGUCGCCUGGAGCCAGGCCAACAAAUGCGAACGACCUUUGUCGGAACUUCCUCCUACAUGUGCCCCGAGUUGCUCCUUUGUGAACCUUAUACUGCAAGGAGCGAAGUCUGGGGACUAGGGUGCAUCUUGCACGAAUUAUGUACCCAAACCUUAACAUUCACACCACUUCCAGCAGAUGGCCUCGAUUCAUACAUGGACUACAUUGGCACCGCAAGGGGAGUCUAUCCAGAUAUCCCGGAUUUAUACUCCAGCGAUCUCAGAAAACUUAUCAAAGGCUGUCUACUCGUGGAUGCGGAGGAGAGGCCUGGGAUAACAGAGAUUGCUGACAACCCAUGUGUUGUCAUGGCCCGCGGUGAUCGACGUCUGGAGAUGGCCCGUGCUACUUGGGAAUCCGAGAAAACGAUUAGUAUUAGGGAAGCUGAACAAAGGCACCAUCGAUUUAUGAAAAACUUCUGGGUGAAGUAUGAUGAAGCUAUAUCUAUCCUCCCCGAAAGGAUGCUACAUCAAGAUGGAACGAGUGGGUAUAAUAGAGUCCAUAAUGACAUUCCGGCUACUGAGAGAGAGAAAAAGGAUGAUGAUGAUGAUGAUGAUGAUCUUAGUACCGAAUAUAUGGGUUCGGAGGAUUCUGAUGAUGAUCACAAGAUGGAGUGUCUUGAGAAUUAG